GCUCACGAUAAGCGACCCAGACUCAGAUUCGCAGAAAUAAAAAAGUUCUUCCGGCAUCGAAAUCAGAGGGCCUCUUUCUCCCCUGUUCCAAAAUUCCUGGAACUCAGAUUAAAAAAAUGAACAAAGAAAGCAACAGAUUCAAUUUUUAAGCCGAAAACAACAACUAUCUCGUAAUCUUCGAUUGUCAGAGACUCUGUUAUCGCCCAAUCCAGAGAACAGGUAGAAGUAAUGUCGAGUUAUGUCGGAGUUCAUCUCUCCGAUCCCGCGCUCCAGAACCAUUUCACGCAGGUGGAACUUCGAAGCCUUAAAUCUAAAUUUAUCACUUUGAAGAGGGAAUCGCCGGAAUCAGGUAAGGUGAUCGUAGCAAAUUUGCCAUCCUUCAUGGUUAAGUUAAAGGGAGUCAAUGAAGUACUUACAGAAGAAGAGAUCAGCUCAAUCCUGGGCGAAUCCUACCCCGACAGAAACAAUGAAAUAGAUUUCGAAGCUCUCCUUCGGGCAUAUCUGAAUCUGCAAGCUCGAGCUAUAGCCAAGUUGGGAGGCACAAAGCAUGCAUCGUCAUUUGUGAAAUCAUCAACAACGACGACUCAGCACACAAUCAGCGAGUCAGAGAAGGCUUCUUAUGUGACACAUAUCAAUACGUGUCUUGCAGAAGACAAGUUUUUGAAAGAUUAUCUACCCUUGGAUCCUGCAUCUAAUGCUCUUUUUGAUCUUGCAAAGGAUGGCGUCCUUCUGUGUAAGCUGAUUAAUGUAGCGGUGCCUGGAACAAUAGAUGAGAGGGCAAUUAACACGAAAAAAGUUUUGAACCCUUGGGAGAGAAAUGAGAAUCACACUCUUUGUCUCAAUUCUGCAAAGGCCAUUGGAUGCACUGUGGUCAACAUUGGAACUCAAGACUUGGUUGAAGGGAGGCCUCAUUUGGUGCUUGGAUUGAUAUCUCAACUUAUAAAGAUACAACUGCUAGCUGAUCUUAAUCUUAAGAAGACGCCACAGCUGUUGGAGCUAGUGGAUGAUAGUCAGGAUGUAGAGGAACUUAUCAAUUUGCCACCUGAAAAGAUGUUAUUGAAAUGGAUGAAUUUUCAUCUCCAAAAAGCUGGUUAUAAGAAGCAAGUAACAAACUUUUCCUCUGAUCUGAAGGAUGGAGAAGCUUAUGCCCAUCUCCUCAACACCCUUGCCCCGGAGUACUGUAGUCCGGCUACCUUGGAUACUAAAGAUCCCAACAAAAGAGCAAAACUGGUGAUAGAACAGGCAGAAAAACUUGAUUGCAAAAGAUAUUUAACUCCCAAGGAUAUUGUUGAAGGAUCCACGAAUCUUAAUCUAGCAUUUGUUGCACAAAUAUUUCAACAUAGGAAUGGCUUAUCCAACGACAACAAAAUGAUUUCCUUCGCAGAAAUGAUGACCGAUGAUGACCAAGUAUCCAGAGAAGAGAGAGCCUUCAGACUAUGGAUUAAUAGUCUUGGUAUUGCUACCUAUGUGAAUAACUUGUUUGAAAAUGUCAGAAAUGGAUGGGUUCUUUUGGAAGUACUUGACAAGUUGUUUCCAGGAAGAGUUAAUUGGAAGCAGGCAAAUAAGCCUCCAAUUAAGAUGCCAUUUCGGAAGGUUGAAAAUUGCAAUCAGGUUGUAAAGAUUGGCAAAGAUUUAAAAUUCUCAAUGGUUAAUGUUGCUGGUAGUGACAUUGUGCAAGGAAAUAAGAAGCUUAUUCUUGCUUUUCUGUGGCAAUUGAUGAGAUCCAAUAUCCUGCAAUUGUUAAAGAACUUGCGGUUUCACUCUCAGGGAAAGGAGAUCACAGAUGCUGAUAUCCUUAAUUGGGCCAAUAUUAAAGUAAAGCAAUCUCGAAGAACUUCUCGAAUAGAGAGUUUCAAGGACAAGAGCCUAUCAAAUGGGAUAUUUUUCCUUGAACUUCUCAGUUCUGUGGAAUCUAGGGUUGUGAACUGGAGCCUUGUCACAAAGGGUGAAAAUGACGAGGAUAAGAAGUUGAACGCAACGUAUAUAAUCAGUGUUGCUAGAAAACUUGGGUGUUCUAUCUUCUUAUUGCCUGAGGACAUCUUGGAGGUUAACCAGAAGAUGAUCCUAACUCUUACAGCCAGCAUCAUGUAUUGGAGCUUGCAGCAAGGACCAGAAAGCUCUGAACUCUCUGAAUCAGAAGCCUCUGCAGAGGAUUUUUCUUCUCAGUUGGCUCCUCUAGAUGGAGAAGGAAGUGUUGUUGCCGAGGGUGUUUCUAAUCUGGCCAUUAAUGAUACAGCUUCAGAUACAGCACAAGCAGAAAAAGAUAGUAAUGGUACUGAGGGAACAUAAACGUAUUAAGCAUCAUAAGGUUUUCUUCAUCUAUAGAGAGAUUUCAUUUCCUUGGUUUUGGUGAAUAUAUCAAAAUGAAAUUUUUUGUCUUUUUUCCUUCAUUUUGUGAUGAAAAUUGUUUCUUUGGAUGUGGGCCAGAGGUCUUGUUAUAGUUGUAUAGGUAUUCUUUCAGCAAGCAAAUUCGUUUGAAAUAAGUAACAGCAAAAGAAAAAUUUUGCGUUUUUCAGUUGUUGUUUGGUGAAAAAGGAAUUGCUUUGCAUUGAGCAAUUACUUUGUUAUUUCAAAGAAACAUACAAAACUAUUGAA